CGCAGCAGCACCGGAAGCCGCUCCCCUGUGAGGCUGCGGACCCAGAGCAGCGGCCGUAGGUCCAGGCGCCAUGGCUGUGGAGCGGACCCGGCCGCUGCGACGCUCUGGCGGCCCGAGCGCGCCUAGUCGGUGUGAGCCCGGCGCGAGGUCCCGGGCCCCGGGGCGCUCGCUCAGGUAAAUAUUUCCAUAACCUUAUGGAGAGAAAGGACUUUGAGACAUGGCUUGAUAACAUUUCUGUUACAUUUCUUUCUCUGACGGACUUGCAGAAAAAUGAAACUCUGGACCACCUGAUUAGUCUGAGUGGGGCAGUCCAGCUCAGGCAUCUCUCCAAUAACCUGGAGACUCUCCUCAAGCGGGACUUCCUCAAACUCCUGCCCCUGGAGCUCAGUUUUUAUUUGUUAAAAUGGCUCGAUCCUCAGACUUUACUCACAUGCUGCCUGGUCUCUAAGCAGUGGAAUAAGGUGAUAAGUGCCUGUACAGAGGUGUGGCAGACUGCAUGUAAAAAUUUGGGCUGGCAGAUAGAUGAUUCUGUUCAGGACUCAUUGCACUGGAAGAAGGUUUAUUUGAAGGCUAUUUUGAGGAUGAAGCAACUGGAGGACCAUGAAGCCUUUGAGACCUCUUCGUUAAUUGGACAUAGUGCCAGAGUGUAUGCACUUUACUACAAAGAUGGACUUCUCUGUACAGGGUCAGAUGACUUGUCUGCAAAGCUGUGGGAUGUAAGCACAGGGCAGUGUGUUUACGGCAUCCAGACCCACACUUGUGCAGCCGUGAAGUUCGAUGAACAGAAGCUUGUGACAGGCUCCUUUGACAACACUGUGGCCUGCUGGGAGUGGAGUUCCGGAGCCAGGACCCAGCACUUCCGGGGGCACACGGGGGCGGUGUUCAGUGUGGACUACAGUGAUGAACUGGAUAUUUUGGUGAGUGGCUCUGCGGACUUCGCUGUGAAAGUAUGGGCUUUAUCUGCUGGGACAUGCCUGAAUACACUCACUGGGCAUACUGAAUGGGUCACCAAGGUGGUUUUGCAGAAGUGCAAAGUCAAGUCUCUCUUGCACAGCCCUGGAGACUACAUCCUCUUAAGUGCAGACAAAUAUGAGAUCAAGAUUUGGCCAAUUGGGAGAGAAAUCAACUGUAAGUGCUUGAAGACACUGUCUGUCUCCGAGGAUAGAAGUAUCUGCCUGCAGCCAAGACUUCAUUUUGAUGGAAAAUACAUCGUCUGUAGUUCAGCCCUGGGUCUGUACCAGUGGGACUUUGCCAGUUAUGAUAUUCUCAGGGUCAUCAAGACACCUGAGGUAGCAAACUUGGCCUUGCUUGGCUUUGGAGAUGUCUUCGCCCUGCUGUUUGACAACCACUACCUAUACAUCAUGGACUUGAGGACAGAGAGCCUAAUUAGCCGCUGGCCUCUGCCAGAGUACAGGAAAUCAAAGAGAGGCUCCAGCUUCCUGGCAGGCGAAGCGUCCUGGUUGAAUGGAUUGGAUGGGCACAAUGACACGGGCUUAGUCUUUGCCACCAGCAUGCCUGACCACAGUAUUCACCUGGUGUUAUGGAAGGAGCAUUGCUGACACCAGGGGCUACCACCGCUGACUGACUUUGGGUGCCAGGGCUGCAGGUUUUGGGUGCAAUGUCUAUGGCAGCCAACUGCAUGAACCAAAGUUCUCACCUAAAGGUAUCAUCACGCAGUGCACAAUCAUUUAUCUGUUUGCCAGGGCUGGGGCGGGGAGGGCUUGUUUUACUGACAUACACCGCAGCAUGCUAAUGGGAUACACCACUGACUUCAUUUGUACUUAGUUACGUUGCUCAGUAUAAGAGAGGUUGCAUUUUUGGAUUUAUCUUUCUGAGUGGAAUAUUGAGUAAAGAAAGUUAAAUGAUUCACUAAUCUGCUAAUUGGUUGCCCAUAAAAUCACAUGGAGUCUGUUAUUAAAGUUUUUUUCCAAUA